CAGUACAUUCUGUUCCCAACACUCAAAGCACCAUGUUGCAUCUCUCUACGGUUUCGCUGCCGUUGCUGUUGCUGCUGCUCGCCGCGCUGGUCAACGCGGAGGUUGUUAACUUCCAUCUCUGCGCGGAUACUGUGGAUAUGUGCACCAUUGAUCAGGUGCGGGUGGAGCCCUGCGUUCAAGCGGAACGAAACGCGGCCUGCCACAUACGUCGACGCCAUCCGUCCAAGAUAUCCUUCGAGUUUACGCCCAAGUUCGAUGCAGACCGUCUGGAGGCUACCUUGGGCUGGGUGAAAAGUGAAACAGAGGAGCUGCCUUUGGUUACCAUGGAUCGUGAGGCCUGCAAGGCGACCCCCUGCCCGGUUAGGGCUGGUGUUCAGCAAACCUACACACUGACUGCGCCCGUUGAGGCCAAGUUCCCCCUUAGUGCCUAUACUAUACGCUGGGCCCUGACGGAUCCCGUUACCUCCAAACGCUGCUGCUUCACCCAUGACAUCAAGGUGGUGCGCUAAUUCUUAUACAAUACUAACGAGCUACGUACAUACUAACAUAUAUAUAGGAACGAAAUUGUAUUAUAUUGGUCAUGCAACUCGUUUAUAUAACAAUAAAAAUUAAAAUAUAAAAAUCCGUAAGGUUAACUUGCAACCAUAA